AUGUGGCCGAUUGCAAUUUUAUUGUUUGGUGGUGGAGUUUUAUUAGCAAAGAAAGGAAUGAAUUAUAUGAAAAAUCAAAAAAAUGGUAUAAACAAAAAUUUUUUUUUCCCUUCAAGUUUUAACACAAGUUUAAGUAAUGUAUUUUUAAAACCUGACAUGAAAGGAUUUGAAAGAACAAUGUCAAGAUCGGAAGCAUAUAAAAUAUUAAAUAUAAAUCCAACAACAAAUAGAGAACGAAUUAGGGAAGUCCACAAACAACUGAUGCUAAAAAAUCACCCAGACAAUGGAGGCUCCACUUACAUAGCAGCGAAGGUAAAUGAAGCAAAGGAUAUUUUGCUGAAGUAG